UUUUCCGCCGCGCACACACACACGCCAGGCAUACACAUUACACAGCUCCUCUAAUCCAAGAGCGAACAUUAUUCGGAUAUCUCUGUCCCGUGUCCAUAGACUGUAUCGCAUAGCGACAACUCUCGUCUUCCCGGUCAGAGAGGCUCCACUUUAUCGCUCAGUGUCCGGCGAAAUGCGCGACGACGACGACGACAAAGCCAAGUACAUAUCUGCACCAGGACAAUUCACUACGACUUCUCACACCUCAUGCGCAGCAGCAGCCUGUCAAGACACUAUUCUCGUUUGUAAACAGUGAGUGCAAAAGUGAGGUUAUAAACGAGCUGAAAAAAGAAAGCCGAGGAAAAAAAUCAAGACACUCACGGCUCUCCGUACUAGGAAACACCCACGAGUCUAGAGUAGCCUUCGGCUAUAGCAUAUAAUACCCACACACACACACACACGCGCGUGCGCGCGCGCGAGUUUCUAACUGUCUCGGCGAGAAAUGCAGGCGCGAGAUACGACGGAAAAGAGAAGUAGCAGUCGUGCAGCAGCAGCAGCAGCAGCUUCGACAUAACCUUGAAAGCCGUGUGUGUGUGUGUGUGUGUGUGCGUGCGUGCGCGCGCCAAAUCAAAAAAGAGAGGUGGAAGCUCUCAGCAUGUCGUCGUCGUCGUCGUCGUCGUCGAGCAACAUCAGUAGAAACCGAGGACAUCAGGCCGAAACAGCCAUGCAGCCUCCGCCUCCACGAGCUGCACAGACGUCUUCCUCGAACGGUGGGGACGGCACCAGUGUUACUCACGUACUGACUUACGUUAAUCUAGCCGAUAGCGGAGGCCAAAGAGUUGACAUGACGCAUUUCGACCUACUUAAAGUCCUUGGAACCGGAGCUUACGGCAAAGUGUUCCUGGUGCGCAAGCGAAUAGGCGUGGACGUUGGUCAACUCUACGCCAUGAAGGUCCUGAAGAAGGCGACCAUCGUCCAGAAGAAAAAGAUGACCGAGCACACGAAGACCGAGAGGCAAGUCCUCGAGGCGGUUCGCGACAGUCCUUUCCUGGUCACGCUGCACUACGCCUUCCAAACGGACGCCAAGCUGCACUUGAUUUUAGAUUACGUCAGCGGCGGCGAGCUGUUCACACACCUGUACCAGCGGGACAAGUUCACGGAGGACGAGGUGCGCAUCUACGUCGGCGAGAUAAUCCUCGCCCUCGAGCAGCUGCACAAGCUGGGUAUAAUCUACCGAGAUAUAAAGCUGGAGAACAUCCUGCUGGACCGAGAGGGUCACAUCAUCCUGACGGACUUUGGCCUGAGCAAGGAGUUCCUGCCACACGAGAGAGACAGCAACCCCAGGACCUACUCGUUCUGCGGCACCAUCGAGUACAUGGCCCCCGAGGUCGUUCGCGGUGGAUCUGCCGGACACAAUGUCGCUGUUGAUUGGUGGAGCGUUGGCGUCCUGACCUAUGAGCUCCUCACCGGCUCCUCUCCCUUCACCGUUGAGGGCGAGAAGAACACGCAAUCGGAGAUCUCCAGACGCAUCCUCAAAAUGGACCCACCUAUGCCAACGUUUCUCAGCCCGACCGUGCGUGACUUCAUCGCUCGCCUGCUGACAAAGGAUCCACGCGUGCGACUAGGCGGUGGACCCCGUGACGCCAAAGAACUCAAGGAGCACGACUUCUUCCGCAUAGCCCCACCGCCGUUCAACUGGUCCGCGCUCGAACGCCGCGAGGUGCCGCCUCCCUUCGUGCCGCGCAUCACCCACGAGCUCGACACCAGCAACUUCUCCGAGGAGUUCACCAAGAUGGUCGCUGAAGACAGCCCAGCCGUCGUCCCACCAAACUACGACAAGGUCUUCCGCGGCUACUCCUACGUCGCGCCAUCCGUCAUCUUCAGCGACAACGUCGUCUCCAACGGGCUUCUCGCCUCGCGUCCGGCUUCCCCCGAGCAGCCGCGUACCGACGCUUUCGCCACUCGCUUCGAGGAUUCCACCUUCUUCCAACAAUAUGAGCUCGACAUUCACGAGGAACCCCUCGGCGACGGUAGCUUCUCCGUCUGCCGUCGCUGCCGGCAUCGCCAGACCGGCCAAGAGUUCGCUGUCAAGAUCCUAUCGCGGCGCGUCGACUGUGGCCACGAGGCCAGCCUCCUCCGCUCCUGCCAGGGCCACCCGAACAUCGUCAAGCUCAUCGAGGUGCACCAGGACCGAGCACACAACUACAUCGUCAUGGAGCUGCUCUCGGGCGGCGAACUCCUGACCCGCUCGCGCACCGCGCCAUUCAGCGAGCAGCAAGCCAGUGCGAUCAUGCGCCAACUCGGCUCGGCCUUGCGAUUCAUGCACUCGCGCGGCGUUCUGCACCGCGAUAUCAAACCCGAGAACCUGGUCUUUGCACACUCGGGUCCGGACGCGCCCAUCAAGCUCGUCGACUUCGGCUUCGCUUGCAUGAAGCGCUCCUGCGAGCCGCUGCACACUCCUUGCUUCACCCUGCCCUACGCAGCGCCCGAAGUCCUCGCUAACCUGGACUACGACGAGAGCUGCGACAUCUGGAGCCUCGGCGCCGUCCUUUACUCAAUGCUUUCGGACAGGCCGCCCUUCCGCACCGGCAGUCCCGAUCUCGCUUCGCGCAUCUCUUCCGGCGAGGUUGAUUUCGACAGUGAAGACAUGCGGACCAAGAUCUCCAGCCUCGGCAGACAACUUCUCAAAGGACUGCUCGCUCCAGAGCCCAGCCAGAGACUCACCGCCUCGGCUUUCGUCAACCACCCGUGGGUUCAACAAGACAGCACUGCCGGGCCCGACAUCACUAUCAUCGAGACCGUCUACAACUACGCUCCAAGCAGCCAACAAGAGCGAGUCGAGGGAUUCCGAUUGAAGGAGGUGGACGGCGCCAAGCUCGCGCAGCGUCGCAAGAUGCACAAGCGCUCCAGCUCCGUCUCGUCCUCGGCGUCCACGACCUCGUCCAGUAUGUCAGUGCAGGUACUGCGCCCGCCCAGCAGUACUGCAACAACCAACACCAAUACAUCGCGCAACUCCAGUUCACCGACUCAGCGGUCGGCCUUCGACUUUGGCGAGGACAAGGUCAACGAGUACCUGUCCGGCCUAUCCUCUUCCUCGGACUCCAACUCUUCACCAAGAAUGGCGACUGUCCGACCCGCGAGGAGUGACCAAAUGGAUGACGACAAUAGGAGAACCAAAAAGCGGAAAAAGGAGGAACCGCAGGUCACUUGCAAGUCUGGCAUGAACAGUGGCAAUAGUGCAGAUGGUCCAGUCACCAGAUCGAAAAAGAGGAAGCUGGAACAAACGACGAGCAGUUCCGAUAGUUCCUUCGACAAUACGGAAGCGGUGCGAUAUUCCAGACGCGAGGGGAACGUACAUAGGAAACAGAAAGCCGGAAAGCGGCCCAAACGCCUUGACACCAUUAUCGUUGAAUAAUCAUUGAUUUCCAAGCGCGUUUUUUAUUCUUUAAAUCGUAUCGUUUGUUUCCUAUGCAUUUGUCGCGUGAGAAUCUGUUGUACAAGGAAGUGCGGCAUCGAUGCUUGGUUUUCAACGAGUAGAUUUCUUUUUAAUCUGUGGUUACCCUUGUAGGAGAGAAACAUGCUUAGAUCAAGACUGCUCUACGUUUUACAGAUUUUUUUGAAAGUACAGUUAAAUAUUUUAUUAGUUGUUGAAUAAGAUUGCUGAUUAGUGUAUAUUGUACUCAGCUUUUUAAAGUAGCCAAUUACUUUACUGAAAACGGCUGAGACUUUGACGCAACUCUUGAUUACACUCGUUACUAGUUUGUAUACGAAUAUUUUAGCGCACGCAUGCUAUACUCUGUACCUAUUAUUGCCUUAAGAUUUUCUAGUUGAAUAAAAAUUAUGCGUGCAACAGAGUUAUUCAAGUAUCAUACUUGGUAUUAAUACAUUUUAUACGAUUUAUUCGAAUUUAGGAGAAUUUUUAUUUAAGUCUGUAUUAGCACAUUUUAUCUUUGAUACACGAAUGGCGUACUUUCAACAAUUUCUCAAAUACCGAACAUUACCCAGAAAAACAUAAGUUUUCAGUUAGCUAAAAGAGAGAGAGAGAGAGAGAGAGAGAGAGAGAGAGAGAGAGAGAGAGAGAGAGAAAGAGAGAGAGAGAGAGACAGAAAGACUAAGUUUUGAUGCUGUACCUCCUUAAGAUAAAUAUAUAUAUCUAUAUAUGAAUACCGCUGCCUUCUCGAGAUUCGCAUUGAAGAUGCGAAUCAUUGCAUCAUUCCUAUCUCAGUACUUUUAGUGUGUACAUAAAUAUAAUUACAUGCGUGUAUGGAUCUUUAUACGGACUCCUUGACGGGUGUACCGUUGUACGACAAUUAUUGUAUUUUGAUAAACGCCAAACCUUUCGUCAGUUGGGUUCGACGUGGUUUUGUACAAGCGAGAACAUUAAAUUUUAGUUUAGAUUGAAAAAAAAAAUGAUAAUUUUUAGUUAAAAUUUUCUUUUGCUUUAUUUUAAUUGGUGCAUUGCUCUCGGUUCUCGCCGCAAAUAAUCAGUUUUCAAAUUAAACUAUAUCUAAGUGUUUGAUAUUAUUACGAGAGAUUGUUUGAAAAAAUUAGGUGUAUGUCAAUUUUUUCAUUUUAUCGUAUAGGUGAGAAAGUUCUUCUUGCAUCAAAAGAGGACAAUGUUUAGGCCAAAAAACGAAUGGUAUUGUACUUCGUUUUUUCGGACGUGAUCAGUAAAGUGCUUCUAUAUAUCUUUUGUAAAUCUGAAGUGCAAUUUCGUCUUCGUUAUUAUAUGAUAUAUUUUAUAAGAUGAUAAGAUUUAAAAAUCCGUAUCUUGACUUACGGAAGGAUGUUCCGAAAAAUAAUGUAUAGUAAAUAUAUAUUUGACGUUUGCCUUUUCAAGAACUGAGAUUCCGACUGUUUUGCCUGAAGUGUGGUAAUCACUGUGAAGAAAAUGAUAACGGAUGACGUGUAUAAAGAAAAAAAAAAAUUAUGUGGGUAAAGACUGACAAGGUUGUAUUGCCGACUCAGGGAGCAGAUAUGUUACAAAUGAAAUAUAGAAAGACACGCGAUGUUCUUGUACUCGAUGUGAAAUUCUGAAAAAAAGAAACAAACGCAUUGUAACGCCUCUACCAAAGACGACUGAAGCGUCAUUGCGCCAAGACCAAAAACAAAAAAAAUAUUACAAGAGAGUUGUACGUAGCAUUUCCUGACGAGAAAAACUAAGAAACAAACGCGAAAUCAUACUUACUACUAGGAUUGAAUUGUAAAUAAGUUUGGUUAGAAAAUUCUAUUAACUUGCGCACGCAAAAUCUGUGGCUAAUAGUUUUAUUGUAUAAUGAACAAAUUUUGUAACUAGUAUUAUAUAUCGUUUUGCAUAAUUCCACUGAGUAAUUGUCGAUAAAUUACUUUUAUGCACAAGAUGUAAACUCCGUUUCUCGCACGGCUGAGAAAAAGCAAAAGUUUCGCGCGACUUUCUUAGGUUUUUCAUCGAGGUCGAUCUAAAGCUGUGUACGUUAAUUAAAAAAAUACUGUCAAACAAUUGUGUAGCGAUUAAUUAAUCUGCAGGAUAUGAUUGCAUCAAACGACGUUGCAAAGACUUGAGACUCGCGCAAACCUUUUAUCUUUAUACUUAUUUUGUAUUAUAUAAACCGCGAAUUAGUGCUUGAGAGAGGUAUUUUCCUAUUUUGUAAAGACUCGAGUCUUAGACAGCAUAUAAUUUAUACAAUAUAUAAAUAAAUGGAGCAAAGGCAAUGAUCAAAGGUUAAAAUGAUGUGUAAAUAGUCGUUGGCGCGCGCGCUGAAAUGGUUCGCCCGAGUCUCGACUCGACGUGUACAUACCUCAAGUUUUAUCCUGCAAAAGUAUAUAUUUAAAAAGAAAUGAACUCUAAUUGAUUACUAAGAGAAAAGAAGGCGGGAAAUCAAGUAUAGGGAGAAAAAUGAAAGAACAGAUUAUACGAGUAUAUUAUAUAUAUUUAAUAUAAAUUACAAAUAGUAAGAAGAAAAAAUUAUUCUCUAACAAGAUGAUAAUACAAAGAAUAUAUUAUUAUAUAUUUUUAUUUAGAAAGUAAACAAAGUCACUAAAACUCUUAAAUUAUACAAUGCAUAUAAUAUAUUGGUUGUCCCUCUUUGAUAGCGUGCGGAGAACCAGUUUUUUCUAGUGAUAUACCAUUGUUACUCUAUGAAUAAUUCUUUCAGAAUAUAUAUGUACGAAAUAUAUAUAUAUAGGAGUUAUUCUGGAAAAAUCCAUGGUUGUUAAAUAUAUUAUUAUCAUGUUUACUUAAAAAAAAA